AUGUAUAUUUAUAUUGCUAGAUCAACUGAAAAAACUCAAUGGUUUUCUACCCAAACUAUGCCACUAUCUAUGUGUAUCAUAUGGUUCUUUGGAAUAGUUUCUGGCUUUUCUAAAGAUACUAAAAUUGGAAAAGUUCAAUUCGAAAGUUAUAUUCAGUACAAGGAAAUAGCUACUAAGCAGACCAAAACUAUAAUAAAUGAUCAAUAUCAGUUUUAUGAAAACAGAGAGUUAGAUUUUGAUAGAGAGAAUCAACCUGAAAUAAUUGAACUAUUAAGUGAUGAAGAUCAGAUGCUAGAAAUAAUCGAGAUUUCGAGUUACAAAGAAGGCCAAACACUUGAAAACAUUGAACUAUUGAAUAAAGAAGAUCAGAUACCAAAAAUAAUCGAGAUUUCAAGUGACGAAGAAGGCCAAACACUUGAAAUCAUUGAAUUAUCAAGCAACAAAGUGUUUUUUGAAAAAGAACAAAUAACUGUUUCUAGAGAUCAAACUUCUGAAACAGCUGAAAUAAAAUUAAAUCUAUAA